UUUCAUUCGUCUUCUUCAUAAUUCUAGACACAGACAGGACGACAUGACAUUACAGUUUAUUGUUCUCUAGAACUCUCCCCCUACUCAUGCUUAUCUGCUAUAUAUACGAAUCAACUCCAAUCCUUGCAAAUUACUCUGAAACAAACGUGGAUUUUACACAUCAAAGCGUCAUCUGCAAUUCCUUUCCCUUGAUCUUUGUCUUCGUCUAUAUUUUUAGAGCUUGAUUCAUGGAUUUCAGGAACUUUGGGUUCAAUUCUCCGCUGAUAACAAUCCUGGAAGACAUGCUGGACAUCCCGGAGGAGCAAGAGAAGUCGAAGAACAACCCAUCUCGAACCUACGUUCGAGACGCAAAGGCGAUGGCAGCGACACCGGCCGAUGUUAUGGAGUACCCGACAUCCUACGUGUUCAUCGUGGACAUGCCAGGGAUAAGCCACAGCGAGAUCAAGGUGCACGUGGAAGAUGAGAACGUGCUGGUGGUGUGUGGGGAACGAAAGCGAGAGAAAGAGAAAGAUGAGAAAGAAGGGGUGAAGUAUGUGAGGAUGGAGAGGAGAGUUGGGAAGUUUAUGAGGAAGUUCCAGUUGCCUGAUAAUGCGAACAUGGAUAAGAUUUCAGCUGUAUGUCAGGAUGGGGUUUUGAGAGUGACUGUGGAGAAACUGCCCCCUCCUGAGCCUAAAAAGCCUAAGACCAUUGAGGUCAAAGUUGCUUGAGCUUCACAUAUGUUUUGAGUGGGUGUUUGUUUCAGUUUGGCUUUGGCUUGUGUGAGUUGUAAUGACUACUUAAAUAAUAAAAAAAUUAUAGUUUGUUUCUUGUUUAA